UAUGUGAUGUUCUCCUGUGGUGCUGUUUGACCCCAGUGUUCUUUGGAGUCUGGAGAGGUUUGGACUUUAAAAAUUAAACUGUCACGGAAACUGUUUUACCGAAAAUUUUGGUUCAAGCCUUCACUGGAUUAUUGAUCAAGGCUAACAAAGUUCAGCCAUGUGAAGUUUGCAGACUGAUGGUGUCAGAAGCAGGAUCUGAAGUGGAGCCUCUAGUAUCCCCAGGAGCACUAAGUGAACACAGAAAGUACCUGCAGGAUCCAAUUGCGUCCACUGAUCUCUCAGAGAGACUGAGGAUAAUACAGUUUCUUCUUGAAGGUCUCGAGGUCUGAAGCAUCCCACAGAAUGAUCCUACUGAAUAACUCCCAUAAGCUGCUGGCCCUAUACAAAUCCUUGGCCAGGAGCAUCCCUGAGUCCCUGAAGGUGUACGGCUCUGUGUAUCACAUCAAUCACGGGAACCCCUUCAACAUGGAGGUGUUGGUGGACUCCUGGCCCGAAUAUCAGAUGGUUAUUAUCCGGCCUCAAAAACAGGAGAUGACUGACAACAUGGACUCAUACACAAACGUGUAUCAUAUGUUCUCCAAAGAGCCUCAAAAAUCACAAGAAGUUUUGAAAAAUUGUGAGAUCAUCAACUGGAAACAGAGAUUCCAAAUCCAAGGUCUUCAGGAAAGUUUAGGUGAGGGGAUAAGAGCGGCUGCAUUUUCAAAGUCAGUGAAGGUAGAGCAUUCGACAGCAGUCCUCUUGGUUACGGAAGAUAUUCUGAAGCUCAAUGCCUCCAGUGAAAGCAAGUUUGGAAGCUGUGCUGAGACAGGCCACCCAGAUGAUGACUUUGAAAGUGAAACUCCCAACUUUAAUUAUGCCCAGCUGGCUGUCUCUUAUUCUGGGCUGGUAAAUGACAACUGGAAGCGAGGGAGGAAUGAGAGGAGCCUGCGUUUCAUCAAGCGCUGCAUACAAGACCUGCCAGCAGCCUGUAUGCUUGGCCCAGAGGGAGUCCCAGUCUCAUGGGUAACCAUGGACCCUUCUUGUGAAGUAGGAAUGGCCUACAGCAUGGAAAAAUACCGAAGGACAGGCAACAUGGCACGAGUGAUGGUGCGAUACAUGAAAUAUCUGCGUCAGAAGAAUAUUCCAUUUUACCUCUCUGUGCGGGAAGAAAAUGAAUACUCCCGCAGAUUUGUGCAGCAGUUAGGUUUCUUUGAGGCCUCCUGUGAGUGGCACCAAUGGAUUUGCUAUCCACAGAAUCUAGUUCCAUUUUAGACAAUGAAGCUGCUUAGUAAUCUCUGGCAAGCCAUCUCUUAAUAUUAAAGCAGACACCACAGAAUAGCUUUCUUCACUUACAAACGCACAUUGUGCAUUUAUGAUAUGGCAGGAACUCUUCUCACAUGGAGCCUUGAUGUUAAAAGACACAGCCGUGCUCUUGAGGAGCUCACAAUCCAGGCUGGAGGCAGGGGAGGGUAUAGUCUUUAAAUAUGCUUAAGCAUUGUAGGGAAGGAUGGGGUUACCAGUAAACAUGUCACCAGAAAGCCAGGCUCAGUUCUUACCUCUGGGAAUCAGAACUCUUUAUGAAACUUGGUUAAUAGAAUCUACUAUCUGGAAGAUAAAUGAAGAACUUUAAUAAAAUUGUCAAUAGAAUAUACCUAAUCUAUAUGGAUACUUUAUUGGAAAUGAAUAGCCCUGCUAUGUAUGGAUUUAUGAGGCAAUGGUACACUAAAGAAUGGAAUCUGUCUCUUAGUUCAGUGAGUAGAAAUGUAUCAAAGGUGAAGCCUGAGAGGAACAGCUUUCCCAGGCUAUCUUUCAUCAUUGUUAUGCAGAAAAAGAAACCAGAGAAUCAAGUGGGCUGGCCUUGGGGCCUCUGCUAGGGAAAUGACAUUUGUUGUGUCUCCUUUCUCCUACUCUUUCUCACAUCCUCAUCAUGAUUGAAGCGUGGCACAGGGCAAAGUGUUGCCUGUGAGUCUGGUUAUAAGUUCAUUCUUUGGUGUUUGCAGCACUGCUAUCAUAAGGGGUCAGGGGCAUUCCGGGGAGAAGUGACCACUAAGGUGAGGAUUGCAGAGUGAGUAGGAGUGAGCCAGACAAAAAAAGCAGAAAAUGCAGAUGAUGGAAAGGACACGUGCCAUGCGCUAUCAUAAGAACUUCCUAAUUGAACACUGAUAUUACAAUUCUGAAUCCCUGAUCUUAAAAAAAAAAUUACACUUCAUGAUCAAAACUUGGUCUCUUUUGGUUCUACUCUGCCACACUGCCAUUGGAACUUGGAUUACUGUGAACACUGCAGCUAUAGCAAAAAAAAAAA